AUGCACCCGCACCACCCCAAAGCCAUGUACAGCGCGGGGCUGGCCUACUGGCACUUGGGCCAUCCACAGCUGGCCGCGACCAAGUUUACAGCCGUGUUGGCAGCCGAUUUGUCCCAUGCCAAGGCGAUCUACGCCCUGCAUGUCCUUCACACACAGUUCCACGUUAGUGUCUCGUAA